AACUUUCAAACUUCUAUUUCCAUUUCCAAACAACAAAAAAUAUUAACGGUUAAGUUGGUUGUAGCAAUAUUUAUUUGCCAAGUCAAAACUAUAAAUAAUAAUAUAAAAGUUUCGGCAUAUAUUUAUGAUUUGUAGAUGCUCUUCUCCAGUAUAUCGAUUGUAUUGUAUACUUUGACAAUAUUCUUCAAAUGAGUAGAAUAAUGGGCGAAAGUUUUGACAACUUCAAUGCUCCUCAAUUCUUUGAUUUUAGUAAGAAUUCCACCGAGCAUGAUGGAGUAGAUGGAUAUUUUGAAAUGGACCAUGAAUCUAAGAAAGAUCCUCUCGAAAUGGAAUCGGCAGAUUCGUCUUCGUCCACUCUAGUUCCAGAAUAUAGCCAAAAUGGAAAUCAUUAUUUCAGACGAUCGAUGAGUGUUGGUGAUAUAAAUUAUUUACGAGCCCUUGAUACCCGUGAACCACAAAUGAUAAGUGAAGACAUAGAAUGCACUUUACAACCAGCCCUCACGAAUUUAAGAAAAAUGGGCUCUUAUGCUUCACUAAAUGGUUUGGGGCAGAAAACAAAGGAAAAUAAGGCCGGGCUCUCAAGAUCAUCGAAAACUAUUUCUAGGGAAUCCAUUGAUAGACUAGCCCAACCCAAGCGGCGUCAGUUUUCUUCGAACCAAGAACUGAAUAGAAAUAACUAUAUGCCCGUGGCAGAAUAUUUGAACAAAUUGCAAAAUUCCACUCCAGAACGGUUUCGACGUAAACCAAAACAAGACGAUGCUUUCAAAUUUCAUCCCAAGUUGAAAACAACCAUUCCACAAUCUCCGCACUUGAUAUCUACAAAACGAAAUCGACCAACGAAUGUGUUAUCUCAGGAUCAGCAGGAAAAACAAGAUUUUGAGGAAGCGCAAAAAUUCAAAAUAAAGGCCCACCCGGUCAAUAAAAGAAUCCUCAAUGGACCAAUGAAACCGGCAGUACAAGUACAGAAGAAACCAUCAACUAUCCCAAGACCUUUUAAGCUCACAGCUCCUUUGAAAAAGGUUCCUGAUUCACCCAAGAAAGAAUACGAAUUCCAUGCGAACCCUGUUCCCAAGUCCCUGCACGAACCGCCGAAGCCGAAAACCCACAGGCUGCCCGUCACCGAACCUCAGACGCCGAAAUUCAUGAAGCACCUGGCCAAGGAGCCUGUCAAGCCCCAGCCCGUGGAAGAGGAACCGGCAGUACGGCCGAGGAGUACCACCAUAUUGCCCUUCAGUUUCGAGAUGAGGGAUAUGUGUUUGAGACAGAAACGACAGAAAUUGAUUGAGAAGGUGUUGGAGGAGGAAAAGAAGGCACGAGAAUUCCAUGCGAGGCCUGUUCCAAAAGCCAUAUUGAAUGCUUCCAAAAAUAUAAAUUCAACCAUGAAGCAUGGCAGCUUCCAAAGAUCUGAAUCUCAGAGGAGCCUAACUGGUUCAGACAAAUCCAAAAGCAGUGAAAAUAUCACUUGCCAAUUCAAAGCUAGACCUGCCACAGUACUAGUCAAAGAACCGUUUAUACCAAAGAAAAUGGAUAAACCUUUGACGGAAAUACAAAAGUUCAACUUGAACACAGAAAUCAGAGCAAAAAACAGAGAGGUAUUCGAUCAUAUCGUCAAAGAAAAAGAAGAUCAGCUAGCGAUGCAUAAAAUGAUGGAAGAAAUGAGGAGAAUUCAGGCAGAAGAGGAAGAGAGAGCUAGACUACGCAAGAUGACACUUUACAAAGCACAGCCGGUGAAGAAAUAUAAAGAAAUAACUAUUCAACCUUCUGGUAAGGUGACCGAACCGGUAUCCCCCACAUUUUUGACAGACAAAUUCCACCCUAAAAGUCAUCAUGACAAUAAUAAAGAAAAUAUCCAGUGAAUCGAACGUCCGCACAUGGUUUGUGAUAAUGUUCUAUAAGAAUCACUGAGUUUGAUUUGAGAUUUUUAAAAUAUGUAUACAAGCAGUUCCUGAUGACUAUUUCAUCUGCUUGUGAUGACAAGACGUUCGUUUCCAGAUGAUGAAAAUCAUGAAUAUUUUUAUAUAUGUUAUAUGGCAUGUGCCAAUUUUAGAAAUAUUUUGUGCCAUUUAAGGUUUUCCUUCAAAUAUUUUGAAUAAAUUUAUACUUAUAUG